GCGGAUGCUCGACUCGCGCACGCCUCAUCUCCCAAGCUCGCCGCCCGCUCUCCUCCGCACACACACGCACGCACGCAUGCCGUAAAGCGCGGCCACCGCCGCGGUGCCCGCGCAAUGUCGCGUCCCUUUUCGGCGAAGGAGAAAUUUGCUUGUCAACUGUGGACUUGGAAUAACGACACGAAGACGUCUUCCCGCGACGCCGAAUAGUCUCCUCGGUGAUGUGAAUGGAUGCCACUGGCGGUGGAACUACUGACGACGGGCCCUGUGGUUCUUGAAGAAAGCAGCUAGACUCCGCUUAUAGGUGCAGUCGAGGCAAUGGAGGUCCCUGUACUUUCUAAAGGUCACAAAGUGCUGAGCGCCGAGUACUGCUACGGCUACACGGACAAGUUCGGCAAAUGGAACAACGGGUUCCAGUGCCCGGCGCAGAGCAGCGGCGAGCCCGUCUACUGCUGUGGGACAGCCACCGAGCCAUACUGUUGCCGAAAGAAGGAGGACGAGCCACCGGCACCGGCGCACGACCAGACGCUUCUUCUGGGCGUGGCCCUGGGCACGCUGCUGGUGGUGGCGCUACUAGCCCUGGGCGCCUGCCUGCUAUGCCGCCGCCGGAUGGCGCACAAGAACAGGCACCAGACCAUCAACGGAGGCCCCAUCUACAGGAUGCACUGCGGCAGCUCCAGUGCGAACACCUACUCCUUCUCGGGCCAUGACAGCGGUGCAACUACCCCUGGCACCAUGCCUUCCGGCGGCGGCGGCGUCACAGGAGGUGGUGGUGCACCCGUUGCCCCUGGAAACUGCCACCAGCACACGGCAUCCGAUCGCGGCGCCCUACCGGAGCCGUUCAGCGAAAUGGAGCCGCCCCCGCCGCCUCCGCGCGACAUCUCGAGCUUCAGCGGACUCCUCACACCAUGUCCCGCAGGUGGGCUUCACUACAAUGGCCCGAUGCCGCACAUGGAGCCACCGCCUCCGUACCAAGUGGAGAGCCCUCAUUCGACGCUGCUAGUGCGGACCAUACCCAGCGACGCAUCUAACUGUAGCCAACAGAGCUUCGGCACGUUGCGCAUCUCGCAGCAACGACCGGCGCAGCGGUUUCAGCAAUUGCCUCGGCUACAGCAGCAGCAGGCCGCCGCUGGCCGCGAUCCCGCAUACUGGUGCACCAAGUUCUGACUCGACAUGGACUAGAACUUGGUGCCGACCACAAACCGAGAUUGUGCAUGUCCCAUCAUGCUGCAAUGGCUGUAGUUACACUCCGCAGCCAGAGGAAGGUGCAGAAUGCGGCUUGAAGUGUCUGAAGUGCACCCGAGUGCAGUGCCAUCUGCCGGGUAAUUCCUGAAACUCAUCCGAGUAGCGGCCCCUUGGCCAAGCUGAUGGGAAGACGACGUGCGCGCCUCCUGGGUGUUUUUUUUUUUUUUUUGUUCCCCUACUGACGCUGAUGGUCAACAAUGGAAUUGCCCGAGUUAAUGUAUCAUCUGUUAUAUGGACAACGAAGGACGUGUCGUGCGAUACGAGCAUAAAGACUUGACCUCGACGACGAUGACUACGCCUCCUGAAGCGAACGAACAGUGUGCCACUGCCACUUAGUGAGGGAGACCUGGGGAUAGUCGUGCACAGAUAUAAUUGUUACAGAACUGUUACAGAAGUUUGUUCUAAAAGACAGCUUCAUUUAGCAUUACACUGAGUUGCCGAGAAAGAACUUUCAAUACUGCGUAUUGCUCGUGGCAUGCCAAAGUGCACAAGUUAUGAAGCGUGCUUUCUGGUAAGACGAACAUAGUCAAUGUCAUGAGUGCUCACAAUAGUAUGGUCAUUUUAUAUAGUACAUCAGCUGAAUCCACUUACGCUGCAUAUCAGAGAGAUAACAUAGAUUCACCUAUGUCACAUUAAAGAGUGUCUGUAUCCACAGACCUUGUUGCCACUUAAAGAGCAUGCAUACUAAUCAAUCGUGAACAUAAAGACUGCAGAAAAAAAUGAGCUUGUUAGGAUCAGCAAAAAUUUUUUGCUGGUGCAAGUUUUCUCAAAAGAAGAUGCAAGCCCGUUUCACUCAAGCAUUAAAAUCAACAACCUACGAUGUGAAGGUGAUAUAGCUAUUAAUGGUGCCUGCAGAAGCAAGUUUCCCUAACGCACAACUUGGCUUUUCAUAAGCAAGAACUCUGUACAACCAUGGUCAUGGCAAACACCAUGAUGUGAACUGUGCUGCAUUGCAAUCUGCAUUACAAGCUACAAUUUCUUCACAAUUUAUUAGUCAGUGAACACUUCAUUAAACAUACUUCAACAAGAAAAAAUGCACUAAAUCGUCUGGUUUUUCAUAACACAGCAGCCAUUAAGACUCCCAAGAAGAUUCAGUACAUGUGUCACAC